ACCCUGCGGCCUUCUAUAAAACGACGUCACACUGGCGCAGUGUAACAUAACUAUUUAUACAGUGACCUCAAUCUUGUGCUGCUGUUCAGUUUUAUUUAUCCGUGCACGUCUGGCUGCAGUUGUCCUGAGUAAUGGCGUGUCCCUUCAAUAACACGGAAUCGGUGCCGCUGAACCCAGCCAUCCUCGCUCUCGACUGGCUUCUGGGAACCUGGGAGUGCGAUGAACCUGGGGAGGGCUGCUUUCCCAGCAUUAAACCGUUCCACUACACAGAGACGCUGCACUUCAGCCACGUGGGCCAGCCAGUCAUCAACUUCAUGUUCAACGCGUUUCACGCAGAGUCUAAAAAGCCUCUACACAGAGAGUGCGGUUUCAUUCGAAUGCAGCCGGGGACCAACCGAGUGGCGUUCAUCAUCGCUGAGAACUCAGGUCUGGUGGAGAUUGAGGAAGGAGAGCUGACCGGGCAGCAGCUGAACCUUCAGAGCCAGUCGCUGUCCAGAAUCUCUUUUGCCAAGGAGCCUCAUGUGCAGCAGGUCUGUAGAGUCUUUCAGCUACGACCAGACGGGAAGCUGGAGCAGACAGUCUCCAUGGCAACAGACAACCAGCCCCUGACACAGCAUUUGCACAUCACCUACCGCCGCUCAUCUUGACCCAACACCCAGACAAGCUUCCCGCACACAAAUACCCUGGAUCAAUAGUCACGGCUGCAUCUAUUUAUUACGCAGUUAUUCGUAAAAGGCAAAUCUUUGCAUUUCCAUUCAGGGGUGUUAGCUGAUGUUGAUAUUUAUUGUCCAAAACAUUUAAUCUGCGAAGCUCAUAAGGACAGCAUUAACAAGAGAGAGUACGUGCAGCAUCCCUUCCUAUCUGACAUUCAUUGUGCUAUUAUAAGAUUAAGAUAAAGCAGCUGCUGUUCUGGAGCCGAUGCCUUUUUGAGUGCGGGUCACAGGGUUUGUUCUUACACUGGGCGGCACUGUUUUUGUAUGGACUGAUGGUUUUCCCGAUAAAAAAUAAUGUGACCAUUUAAGGUCCAUUUCCCUUCCUGAGAUUCAAGUUUGGUUUAUGCCCUGGAGGGAGCAGAUUAAAAGGUGCACGUAUAGAUGCUGAAUAAAGAAAAGAAUGUCUUCACUCGCUGUGAAAUCUUAAACUACUUGUCCAAUUGUGACGGGUGAUUAAAAAAAAAAAGAAAAGAUGGUCGGAUGCAUUUUUUUUUCAAGUGUAUUGUGGCAUUUUAAUUUCCUUUGUUUAGAAGAAGACAUUAAAUAAAUGGAAAUGAGUAAUAAGUGAUGCAUUACUUGCAACAAAUUUCUCUUGUUAAGCUUUUUUUUUCC